AAAAAAAAUAGCAUUUCAGUCCACCACUUUCUUCUUCUCGGCGACGGCGGCGGACAGCGGGCGGGCGAGCGAGCGAGCGAGGAACUCUAACCCUAACCCUAACCCUAACCAGCAGUUCCGAUCCGCAAGGGCUGCGACGAUGGCGGCGGCGACGAGGAUCCUGCGCCCGGCGGGGCUUCCAGUUCCAGGGGAGGGGCUUCGCCGGCUCGUCCACACCCGCCAGAAUUCCGCACCCGCCCGUGGGUCACAAAUCCAGCAGAAGAAAAAGGAGCUGUACGCGGCUUCCCAGCCACACUGGCGCCCGGUAACUACAGCCAAAAAGGUGAUCAAGUGGACUGCGAUCACUCUUGGUGCGGUCGCUGUGGGUGCUCUUGCCACUGCAGAUGGGCAGGACGAUUGGCCUGAGUGUCAUGGGUGUGGCGCAUGUGUUCCCAAGAAGUGCAACCAGUGCGGGUGGAACCUCCCGCGUCCGAGCGCUGAAGCAAUCCAGGCUGCCUCAGAGUGUGGCCAAGCAAGUGGAGCAGCGCAGAAUCAAAAGGAAACUGCAGAAGUGAAGUGAAGAUGAAAUGCAUCUUGUUUGAUGGAGAAGCAAGACGGAUAUCAGUUCUAUAUAUUCCAGCACUAUAUUAUGUAUUUCUCUUCAAAUGUAUGUCUAUGAUCUGCCACCUAUGACUUGAGUAGUAGUAUUACUGGAUGAUCUGUGAUCGCAUUGUAAGAUAUCCGUGAUUUGGCAGACAUGGUAUGUUAUCCUUUCAGUCUAGAACUUGAGUAGUAGUAGUAGUAGUACUGGAUGAUCGGUGAUGGCAUUGUGAGAUAAUCUGUGAUGUUGCUGACAUGACAUGGUAUGUUAUCUUCCUCCCAUUUGAGUAAAUUCUAUAUGAA